UGUUUAUCAAUGGAGUCGAAGAUUUGGGCAGGAGGGUCGAGUUGCAGAUUAUGAGCAUUUCGCUAGAUCCGUAAAAGAAACAAAAAUGGUUGCAAUGGAAGUGCCGACAGAGGCGCUUGCCUUCCUGGGAGCAGUCGCCCUAUUCCUUGCCCUACUCGUCAUCUUCUUCUGCUACUUAAACAAGCUCCUCUGUUUCUCCUCGUGUGGGGGCUUCCCUUGUCUGGAAAAUCACCCCAAGAAACCCAGAAAAAAGAACGAUUUAGGUAAUGCCUAUGCUUAUGAUGACACCAGUUCUUCCAGUGACAGUGAUGAUGAAGUUCUGAAGCGUUACCAGGAAACCUUGAAGCAUAGAAGCAGCAUACAGCGCUCUGACACAAAGCAUAGUGUUGCUAACUCAAAUAACAGUAAUAUUGGGAAAAAGAAGAAAAGCAGAACUUUUGAGAGUCAGGCUUCAUUGAUCAAGGAAAAGAAGAUCCCAAGUCCUGGUGUUUUAUCAAGUGGGGAAGAAGAUGGGGGAACAGUGAGUCCAGAGAGGGUCAGACCAGAUAUAGCACAGGGGGAGUUGAGGGGGUCCCAGGAGUCUCUUACAGGGUCACAGCAGCAGCUUGUGUUUGAGAAUAAGGCGUAUGACCAGGAAGACAAGAUGUCUACCACAGAGGAGGGGAUGUCCUCAGUACGCAGUGAAAGCAUGUUACCGGGGGCCGAGGAUGAUGAGCACCUGUUUGAUGUAAGUGACAUGAAUCAAGAAGAGCCUUCACUGAUUUCUAAGUGUGGAAGUCUGGAGAUGACAUUUAAGUACGAUCCUAAUAAAGCAAAAAUGGCAAUCACGAUCCACCAGGCCCAGGACAUCCCCAGUAAGGAGCGGGGAGGGGCCAGCAGUACCCAGGUCAGAAUCAUGCUACUCCCCACCAAAAAACAGCGCUACAAAACCAAAGUCAAAACUGGUGAAAACCCAGUCUUCAAUGAGAACUUUGUCUUCAACAAAAUUCCACAUGAGGAAGUUUAUGAAAUGGGAAUGCGAAUUCGUUUAUAUGGAAUGGAGAGGAUGCGUAGAGAACGCAUGAUAGGGGAAACAAUUAUUGGAUUUGCAUCACUUAACCUUGAUGUAACUUCAACCCACUGGAUCAUUCUGGAGCCCAGAAGUAACCUCAGUGCAGGAGACUCAAGAUUUGAUGUCUCGAGCCUAUCUCGCAGUGACAGUGCUUCCUCUACUCAAUCCAUGCAGCAUGGAGGAAUGCCAGAACUCCUACUUGGUCUCUCUUAUAAUGGCACAACUGGACGACUACAGGUAGAGGUCAUCAAGGGAAGUAACUUCAAGAAUAUGGCCAUGACUCGGCCACCAGAUACAUAUGUGAAAUUGACAUUGAUGUCUCCAACUGGACAGGAAGUAGCUCGGAGUAAGACAUCCGUUCGACGUGGUCAGCCAAAUCCACUUUUUAAGGAAGCCUUCAUGUUCCAGGUGGCACUGUUUCAGUUGGCAGAGGUCACAUUGAUGGUGUCUGUGUAUAAUAAACGUAGCAUGAAGAAAAAAGAUAUGAUUGGGUGGUUUGCAUUGGGUUUAAAUAGUAGUGGGGAGGAGGAACAAGCCCACUGGACGGAUAUGAGGGAAUCCAAGGGGGACCAGGUGUGUCGCUGGCACAUACUUUUAGAGUCUUAGGACUUAGGGAGGCCAUGUCUAUCACUGGCUCAUACUUCUGGAGUCUUAGGACUUAGGGGGACAGAAAAUUUGGUCUGUAUCAGAUGUGGAGAAAUGAACUUGAUUAAGAAAAAAUGUCUGAGCAUAAAGAGGAUUUUUUCCAAAUAUCAUCUGAUUGCAAACAUUUCUGUGUUCACCUACAUGCUUAAUUUAUUUUGUAUGGUUAUGGUUGAAUACAAAUUAUGUUCAAUUUUAGAGAGAAUUUUGAUUUUAGUUGAUAAGAACAUGUACUUAAAUUAGAAGACGACUCUGUAUCUUUACUUAGAAAAUGUAUUAUCUUAUGCUACAUUUACUUUAAAUACUUUUUCUUCGUGAAACAAAAAUUCUAUGGAAAUUCCUGAAAAAGACCAAAGAAUCUCAGAGCUGAAGAAAUGAUAAUGUGUUCAGAAUGUAUUUUUUAUUUUAUAUUUCUAUCUUUAUCUUACAUUUUUACCCUAUUUUGAUUAUUUUCAUUUUCACAUUAAAUUGUGUCCGCUGUUUCAUUAGAAUUUCCUACUUGUAUUAAAAUCCGCAGUAUUAUCAUUACUAUUGAUGACAAAGCUUUCUAUGUUCAUAUUUUUCUGUACUUAAUGUCCCCUUUUCUUAAUACUCUAACUUGCAUUCUCAUGUUGUUUGGUCAAAUUUGUAUCUUAUUAAUCAUAAUGAUAUACCUACCAUGACGUGAACUGUUGAUUUCAUUAUGCCCACAUUUCGUGAUGUGCUUCUGGUUAGAUUGUGUAUCUCCUGAUAUAAGUAAAGGGUUGUAGAUGUAUUAAUUUGUCCAACAGGUAUAUACUGUUACAUGUUACUGAAUGAAAACGUUAGUUUUAUAUGUAUUUAUGUCUACAUUUUACAAAGUCCAUAAAAGUAUAAACGGGAAUGCUUCAUGAAAUAUCUGUGUGAGAAUUCCAACUUCUUACCCUCAUAAAGUUUUCAACAUUUUAGACAUUUCUUAAAUGGAAAUCCUUAGCGAACUUGAAUAUUUUUCUAUUUUAAGUGCUGAUUUAGAUUAAAUGACAAGUUAUUGUUAUACACGUACCAAAAUUCUAUGUUUAUUUGUUUGUUUCUCACAUGAUGGUUGUGUUAUGUAAAUCCUGCAAUCCAAAUUCUUUUAUGGUUUUCUUAAUCUUAUCCUUAUUUUGUUUCUUUUAAUCUACAAUGAAGUUGUUUUCUUUGUUUGCAUGUUUGUUUCUCGUUGUUGUUUUUUUAAUUCAUGUUAAUUUAGGUGUAAAAAAAAAUUACAAAAUGAAAUCUUUAGAACCUGUAUUUUGAUUUUUUUUUUUUAAUUGAAGAAAUCUUCAAUUUCCUUUGAUUAAUUUUAGAUGUUACAGAUGUUAUAGCAGAGGCAUAAAAUUUGUGUUAUCUCCCUUUAAUAGGAAUUGAACAUAAUGUACAAUUAAUUAUUAAAUCUCGGGAUUUUAAUUUUUUUGGGCAAUAUCUGAAUUUUUUGGAGAAUGUAAAAACCUUGAAAUGAUUUCACCUGAUUUUUUUCCCCAAAGAAUCAUACUACAAUUUUUGUUUAUAUUUUAAAUUUAUUCUCAUUAAAAUAUAUAUCUUGUUGUCUCAUAUUUUGCAUAUUUUAAUCACACAGUUUUCUCUUGUCCCAAGU